GUUGCUAUCACGUUCAUGAUAUCAGAACAAGUCUAAUAGCAUCCCUUAUCAGUUUGGUGUUUGUACAACUGGGGUGAGCAUCCACAAUUUUGUAUCCAGAACGCGUUUCACCUAUAUUACAGAGCUUGCUAAAGAAAGUAAAAGCUUUACUUUUCAGAGCAUAAUUUUAGAUUAUCCACGGAUUAAUCAUGCUGAGCAGCAAACAACACAAUCUGCAUAUGGAAAUAAUUACCAGUAAAUAUUAUAACGAUGUGAUUGGUCAUCUGAAGGAAACAUUUUUCGCCGAUGAACCGUUAAACAAAGCAGUUCAUUUAACUGACCCUGGACAGGGUCACAGUCUUUUAGAACUACACAGUUUGUCUACGUUAAAGGAUAACGUUAGUGUAAUGGCGAUUUCUCAAGAGGGAAAGAUUGCAGGUGUAGCUUUAAACGGCAUUCUCCAUGGGAAUUGUGAUAUAGAAAAAUCUUUAGAUAAGCUGAACGAUAUUGAUGACGAAAACUUCAAAAAGAUUUUCAAACUGCUCUAUGAACAAAACUUACGGAUUAAUUUAUUUAAACAAUUUGAUGUUGAUAGAAUCUUUGAAAUAAGAAUAUUGUCCGUUGAUUCCAAAUUUAGAGGACAGGGAUUGGCUAAAAAGUUGAUGGAGAAGAGUGAAGAAAUUGCAGUGGAAAUGGGAUUUCAGAUUAUGAAAACAGAUGCCACAGGAGCAUUUUCGCAACGUGUCGUGAGCUCGCUCGGUUUUAUUACUAAAAGUGAAAUUAAAUAUUCUGAAUAUUUGGACGGAGAUGGUGAUCAAAUUUUUGUUGUGGAACCACCGCACGAGAAACUGAAGAUUAUGUACAAAGUGAUCAACUAAGCCAAUCUAUUCCGAAUCCUAGAGAGAUACAUAACUUAGAGAAUAUAAUAUGUUUUCUGCCAUGUCAACGUGUGCCAAUUUAUGGACACCAUAUCGCGAAGUUUAAACGGCCUAAUUGAAUUGCAUUAUUACAUCCGAUCAAAUAUUUGGACAUUCGCUACUUUUUUUGUCUCAUAACGCAGAUGAUGUUUUCAUAUUUUUUUCUGUAUGACGUUUGUUGACUGGUUUGACCUAUAAAUAAAAUACACAGCGAUUAUUCACGAUUGAAUAACCAUAGGAAGCUCUGGCAAUUUUAAGAUCAACAUCUCAUGAUGAGAUUCUUUUCCCUGUGAAAACCGAUGAGGUUGAACAAUUUUUAAAUUUAAACUUUUUGAUAAAUACAAUCUAACAAUGCGAACUAGGUUCGUGAUAUUAAUUUAUCCUUCAUAAGACACAAUUCUAUAGUCUUGAAGAAUUAUUUUUUUAUAUUAGUGCCAUAACAUUAUUUUAAAAAAAUCGAACGAAUACUCAUUUUUGUUAAAUAAGUGAAGUAUGAAGACUUUACAAGUUAGGAUAA